AUGGUGGGGGGCAAGCAGCACAGAGGACCUUUCCAGGGGGUCCGUGUGAAGAACUCAGUGAAGGAGCUCCUGCUGCACUUCAGGAGCAGCAAACAGAUGUCCUCGGGCUCCGCCGCAGAGGAAGGCAAGGCACAAGGAUUGGUGAACUACGAGCACUACACAGCAGAACUGAAGAGCAUACUGGGUCACAGCAGCAAAAGAAAGGCUCCCGAGCUCCUUUCUGAUGGACCUUCUUUCAAACGCCAAGCUAAUGUUCACCCACACCUCCUGACACCACCCCAGACACCAACUUCUAUGGAUAACAUGGAGGAGGCGCAUAAAAACGACCCAAAGCAUGACAGCAAUUCUGAUCUGCUUCAGAAUAUCAUAAACAUCAAGAACGAGUCAAGCCCCGUUUCUCUGAACACGGUGCAGGUCAGCUGGUUGCACACUGUCUCUAGUAACAGCUCACCUGGUGAGCAGUACCAGGAGAGCCUGGGCACACAGGCUUUCUCCCCAUCUCAGAAAUACCAAGGCUUCCAAGAUCAUACCUCCCAGCACAUGCUGGAUCCGCCACAGCAUUACCAGUUCCCUCCGUCCCAGAACCAGGAUUUGUCACAGAGCUAUCCUUCAGAUGCUUCCCUGGAGUACAGGCCAUUUGCUGCUAAUGACCAGUCUCCUGGCUACCAGCAGAACACCUUUGAGAGCCAUGAACUGCAAUACUGCCCAUUGCAGAGCUUCUCAUCCCUCUUGAAUGACUCUGAAGGCUCAGAGGGCAUCUCUGCCCACCUCCAGCCACUCACCAGUGCCCACCUGCAGGCUGAUGUCAGCCCUAGUGCUCCAAACUUCAGCUUGCUUUCCAAUAACAUCUGUGGGAAUCUGGAGCGUAGUGUCUCUUUGGCUACUUUGAAUGUCUCUCUACCUGACCAAAACAUUGCCAGAAGCACGACACAGCUGGGCAAGUCAUUUUUUCAAUGGCAAGUGGAGCAGGAGGAGAACAAACUGGCCAACAUCUCUCAAGACCAGUUCCUUGCAAAAGACUCGGAUGGAGACACCUUCCUUCACAUUGCAGUUGCCCAGGGCCGACGCGCACUCUCCUAUGUUCUGGCGAGGAAGAUGGCUGCCCUGCACAUGCUGGAUAUUAAAGAACACAAUGGCCAGAGUGCUUUCCAGGUUGCUGUGGCUGCCAAUCAGCAUCUCAUUGUGCAGGACUUGGUUAGCUUGGGGGCUCAAGUCAACACCACAGACUGCUGGGGUAGAACGCCGUUGCAUGUUUGUGCUGAGAAGGGACAUGCCCAGGUCCUUCAGGCAAUCCAAAAGGGAGCCAUGGGAAGCAAUCAGUAUGUGGACCUUGAGGCAACAAACUAUGAUGGUUUGACAGCAUUGCACUGUGCUGUUCUGGCCCAUAAUGCUGUGCUGCAUGAACUGCAGAACAGUCAGCCACCUCACUCCCCUGAGGUCCAGGAGCGUCUGCUGAGAAACAAGAGCCUGGUAGAAACCAUCAAGACUCUGAUACAAAUGGGAGCCUCUGUUGAAGCAAAAGAUCGCAAAAGUGGUCGCUCGGCUUUACAUUUAGCGGCAGAAGAAGCAAAUCUGGAGCUCAUCCGUCUCUUUCUGGAGCUGCCCAACUGUCUGUCUUUUGUUAACGCAAAGGCUUACAAUGGCAACACAGCACUCCACGUGGCUGCCAGCCUGCAGUAUCGGGUGAGUCAGUUGGAUGCUGUGCGCCUGCUAAUGCGAAAGGGAGCUGAUCCAAGUGCCAGAAACUUGGAGAACGAGCAGCCAGUUCAUCUGGUUCCUGAUGGCCUUGUAGGAGAACAGAUAAGACGUAUCCUAAAAGGGAAGGCGAUUCAGCAGAGAGUGUCGCCAUUUUAAGCUCCAUGUUUCUUGGAGUUCAGUAACUCACACUCACUGUCCAGUCAGGCAGUCCUAAUGUAUCUGUAAAUAGACCAUUUGCCCAGUGUGGGCAAAUGUUAGUUGUUUCUAUGAAACAAAAGUAUUUUGUUCACUAUUGUGUAGUGGGUUAUAUAAAAGUAAAACAACAACAAAAAAAACUGAAACAAAACCCAACAAUCAACUUUCUCUGAGCAAAUGGGAAUGUUUCAUUCCCAAGUAUGUUAGAACAUUUGCCUCGAUACCUGGAUUUCAUAGCUACAGCA